AUGGCAGAAACGGAAGCAAAGCAAACGUAUCAUGGAAACUGCCACUGUGGCGCUUUCAAGUUCUCCGUCGCUCUUGCACCAAUCAAGAAGGCUGGGGUGUGCAACUGCAGUAUCUGCAGCAGAAAAGGGUAUCUCUUUGCAGUACCUGAGAAGCCCUCUGACUUCAAGGUCGAAGCUGGGGAGGGCACUCUCAAAACCUACACAUUCGGUAAUGGAGUCGCUGAGCACAGAUUCUGUCCGACGUGUGGCUCUGGCAUCCUGGUCGAAGCGGCGAAGCUCAACUUCCUGGCUGUCAACAUAAACACCUUCAAGCAUGGCUCAGUAGCCAUCGAAAGCCUCGAGAUCAGCACGACAGAUCGAGCAAACAUCGAACCAAUCUAUCGCCCAUUCGUCCUCUCUCCAGACCAAACACCAGAAGUGCCUCAAGGACAGAAGCUAUACACAGGAAGCUGCCACUGUCAAGCCAUAAAGUACACAGUCGUGUGCGAAGACAUCAAAGAAGUCCGAACUUGCAACUGCAGCUUUUGCUCUCGUAAUGCAGACAUGUGGAUCUAUCCGCUUAUCCCCUCCGUCAAUCUCUUGGGCACAGAAGACAAACUUACCAACUACCUUUUCGGUCCCGAACGAGCAUACCACGGUUUCUGUGGCAAUUGCGGAGUCGACGUGGUCAACAGAGUAGACCUACACCCUAAAUUCAAGGCUCCAGUUCGACCGAUAAAUGUGAGAACCAUGAACGACAUCGCACUGGAGGAUUUGAAGAUUGAGAAGGCGGAUGGAUGGUCACUCAAUACUGGUCCAUACAAAGCAUAUGAUGUCUGA